AUGUGGCGCAUAUUGCUCGUGUGCCUGAGCACCCUGAUCAGUUGCUGUUUGGCUCAGACAGACUACAUUACAUGUAGGCUCCACUCUACUUUCAGACAAGCAGCAAACAUCACAGUGACAUGUGGCGCUAAUUACAUAUAUCUCAGCAUCCUGCUGUGUCCAAUCUACUAUGGAGGCUACAAUGAAUCCCUCGUAGCCCUCAAUGGAAGAUUUAACAUUUCAGCCUGCUAUGGAGUGGCAGAUUUUGGAGCUAGCACCCCUGUCCUCAAUUUCAAUAUCUCAAUCUCCCAAGAGACAGUUUCCCUCUGUGGCAACUCCCUAGUGAUUGUAGACCAAGUGGACACGGGUCAGCUGUCAGCUUCUUCCAGAGUCCAGUUUGUCAACAUUUCUGGAAGUGUCGUUUCUCAAGAUCCUGGCAACAGUCCCAUCUCCUACCAACAGGUGCUGCAGUAUCAGUUCUCCUGCCGCUACCUGCUGCAACAUAUGAUCAACAACACUGAAGUAAGCGUGUCUAGGAUGAGUCUGGCUGUUAGAGGGAACAGAGGAAGCUUUAUCAGCACGCUGAGCAUGAAUUUCUUCACUAACCAGGAAUACACACAGCCUCUCCAGAUACCAGACGGUGGGCUGCAGUUGAAAACUCGAAUUUAUGUCCAGGUCAAAGCGACUAAUCUGACCAACAGGUUCAAUGUGUUGCUCGAUCGCUGCUAUGCAACAACAAACCCACAUCCGAUAAACAGCACUUACUAUGAUCUUUUUGUUGGGUGCGAACGUAAUAGGCAGACAGUGGUGGACGUGAACGGAGUAUCCCAAGAAGCUCGUUUCUCUUUCGAGGCCUUCCGCUUCAUAGAGCACCAGAACAUGACCGUCUCCACCUUCUACUUGCACUGCAUCACACGACUCUGUGAGAAUUCCAUGUGUUCCUCAAUGCUUCCGAACUGUGUGAGGAAAGUGAGAAGGGGGAUUCAGGUCAGUCGGUAUUCAAGCAAAGUCGAAACUGUUUCCUCAGGACCCAUUAAGACGAAAGUGGACAGCGGUAAGAAUUACAUUGAGACAUACGCUGCCCUCUCUGAAAAUAGUGAAACUGUAGCAGGGGUUGCUACACUCACAUGCUUGCUGAGCGUCUGCUGUACUGGUCUGGUUGUGUUUCUCAUGUUAUAUAAGAAGCGCAGAUGUGUUAUCCACUAUUAGGCCACCUGACCGUCUUUCUGCUCCUUAUA